UGGUGUAUACUUCCUGCUUUCGAUAAUUUACUUGGCGUUACAUGUGAUUUUUUAGUUUCAACCUUGGACAGAAUAUUAUAUAUAUUUUUUGUCACAGUUAGUACAAUUUAAGCAUUUUGUUUUUUCAAAACUAUUUCAUUCAUGAUAUUCAGGUCUCAGGAAAGUCUUUUCCCCCUAAGAGUAAUGUCAGUGGAGCCAAAGGAAAUCAACACGGUUAGCAUCGUUGGAGCAGAUCAGAGUGCUGGGAAGACUGUUGUGCUGGAAGUGAAAAUAUGCUUAUUCUUGAGCAUGACAGCUCAAUUUUUUGGACUGAACAAUCAUGACAAUUCCUUGUCAUUCUGUAGAGCUUUAGAAGCCCUAAUGAGGGGACUGAAUAUUAAAUUCUAUAUUGCUGGAGAACCCUUUACAAGCACACCAGGAAGGCCAAGAAAAGAAAAUGAAAAAGAAAAAUACAAAUGCCCUUACUCUUUUGAGGAGCAAGUUGAAAUCAUUAGAAGACUUCAUCCAGAUGUUGAGCUCUCUGGAGAACUUGAAUUCCUUCGACCUGCAGUUAAAUCCUGGAGAAUAUCAGCAAUGAGAGCCAUGAGUUUUACGGGGACAUUAAGCCAGUUUGGAGGUUGGUUCAAAGAGGCAUUAGCUGUGGCCUGUAUUUCCAAAAGAUGCUACAAACUUGUCAGAUCGAUAAUCGUAAACCGUAAAUCAACCCACCAGAAAGUGAACAGAACUUUAUUUAGGAAUCUCCCAGGUGUGAGGGAUGAACUCUUUCUUUAUUCCGUUUUGAAGCAGCUGGAUGAGGAAACUAUCAGUGCUGUACAGUUCAACAAGAUAAUGUAUGAUGAGAAGGUAUCUCUAAGGGAGAAUGUGAGACCAUCUGGAGGAGAAGAUCUGGUAGAUGAAAACAGACGGCUUAAAAUCGAAUUGGAAAAGAUGAGGAAAAAGUGCCAAGAAUUAGAAGUUAAAGUUCAGCAACUUGAACAGGAAAAGAAUGCUACCAAUGUAUAUGCAUUUGAAGACCUUGAUGAUGUGACAACAUCCCCUAGACCACGACGUCAGGCAGUUUAUCGGCACAUAUUUGAAGAAAAUGAUGAGAGUGAUGAAAUCCAUGACGAUAGUUUGGAGGAUCCUCACUACAACCCGGCUGACAAUGAUGAGAGUGCAGAAAUGUUGUCAGGAAGCCCACCAGAUACUGUUUUUGAUCGCAGUGGCAGGUCAUUGAUGAACAAAGCUUUUAUCAUGGAGAAAAUUGAAUCAUGGCAACCAAUGCAGCCAACAGAUGAAGCUGAUGCGACAGUUUCAUUACCUGUUAUAAAUAUAUGUGAAGAUUCACUGAAGACAGUAAUGACAGGAAGACCAGAAAAGGUUACCCCAGAGAAUGGUAAGGCAGGAAAUGAAACAGGCAUCACCGAAGUGGAAGUUACAACAGAGAGCAAAGAAAACAACAUGGAAGAGGAUAGUAAAAAAACCGAUGAUAACAGAAAUGAAAGGAGGAUAAGAAGAAGGACAAAGUCUUCAUCAUUUGCUGUUGGAGAAAAGGUUUUGGCAUUGUUUAAGUAUGCAGGGAAAGAUGGUCCAACAAAAUGGUACAAAGCAACCAUACAAAACUCCAUACUAAACGGAUUGCGAUAUAGUGUCAGAUUUGAUGACGGAAUUGUAAGGAUAGUAAAAGGGAGUGAAAUACAGUCAUCAUAAAAGGGAUCACCUCUCCGUCGUCUGUCUGUCUGUCCGUCACAAAACUUGUCCGGACUACUCCUAAUAAACUACUGGUGCAAUUUCAUCCAAAUUUUACAGUUUCAAGUCUAGUUGAGCAUAUUGUCAGCAUUUUCCGGUUCAAUGAUUUUUGUAAGAGUAAUGGCCCUUUAAUAAUUUUUAAAGUUUGUCCGACUACUUCUCUUAUACCACUAAUGCAAUUUCAAUGAAACUGAACAGGAUUGAUCUGUAGCUCAAGUCCUUGUGCAUAUUGCAUGUUUUUUCCGGUUGAAUGAUUUUUGGCCGAGUUAUGGCCCUUUGAUAAAAAGGUGUUUUUUCCUGUGUGUUGCCAGAUACACAAAAGCUUGUCCGGACUACUCCUCAUAAACUACUGGUGCAAUUUUAUCCAAACAUUACCAGUUCAGUACCAAGUCUAGUUGUGCACUGACUGUCAGUCUGUCACAAAACUUGUCCCCACUACUUCUCAUAAACUACUGGGGCAAUUUCAUCCUAACUUUACAGGAAUUUAUGUCGCCUCUACUCCGAUAACUUCUCCGUCUGUCACAAAACUUGCCCCAACAUGAAAUUGGCCAUCAUGAGGCGACACAUGUGAUCACUGAUCGCUCUUAUUUAGACAUAAAAUUUUGUACAACCCAGCUGAUUUAUAAUAUCUUUUAUUUAAUACUUUGAAUAUUAGGAAACAAAAAAAAUAUGACCAAAUUACACCCCCCCCCCCAAGGUCAAAAGCUGUACUGUCCUUUGACAUAUACAACUAAUUUAUCUUGGCUUGACAGUAACAAGUGCCAAAAAUAUCACUUUAACAUAAUUUUUGAUAGAUUUUUUUAUUACACUAUAUUAAACUGAUUUCUUUAUUACACUAUAUUAAACUGAUUUUUUAUUGUCGCCUUGAAAAGGUGACAUAUAGGGGUUACUUUUGUCGGGGUCAUUGUUGGCGUCGCCUAAAGCUCGUCUGGAGCAUAACUCAGUCACUAUAAGUCUGAUUGACUUCAAACUUGGUAUGCAUGCUUCUUUCAAUAAUCCAAAGUGCAGUGCACAAGGACCGGUACUCUGCAGUACUUAUUUUUUUAGUUAUUGCCCUUUGUUAAUUUUCAUACUUUAAUUUUGUCAGGGCCAUUUCUUUUCAACUAAAAAAGCUAUGGACUUGAAACUUCAUAGGAUGAUAGAUCUCAUUAAGAAGAAGUGCAGUGCACAGAAACUGCUGCUCUGCACUUAUUAUUUUUAUAGUUAUUGCCCUUUGUUAUUUUUCAUAUUUCAUUUUUGUCCUGGCCAUUUCUCCUAAACUACAUUCUUCACAAGGCGACACAUAAAGCAGAGUUCUAGUUACACUAUAUCAAACUGAUUUUUUACACUAUAUUGGGUAUGUAAUAUAUCUUGUUCUAACACAACCCCCAUUUUUCUCUAUGGAACAUAGAAGGACGGAAAGUGUGUGUUACUAUGCUAUAAAAUCACUGUUUGACGUAGUAUAUUUAGACAUGUGACGUAAGCAUUAUACACGUGACGUAUUCACUAAAAAUGUGACGCGCUGACAGUAAGUCCGGAAGCAAAUCAGGCGCAAUUUAGCUUAAUAUCAGGUACGGCAGCAUUUAUUUGUUGAUGUCGUGUUAGAAUCGAAAUAAUAUAUCCAAAUCAGUGAUUUUAUUGCUUGAUAACAUCACUGUUUGACGGUCUGAUGCGCAUCCUUAUAUCACUCAGGCUACCCCCUCGUGAUAUAAUUCCAUGCAUCCGAACUCCAAACAGUGAUUUUAUUGAGCAAUAAAAUCACAUUUUGAGAUAUAUUAUUUCUUAAAUAACUUUCAAGUAUAUUAGGGUUUCAAUUAUUAUUCAAAAGUUUUAUUUAUGUACAUUGUAAGAAUCAACAGAACAAAAAAUGUUGGAGUUAGUUAUUUUAUUUUUCCCAUUUUUUAAUUUGUUAAAAUGCUUGAAUGGCCGAAAUUUAAAGCAGCAUGCCUCCAGAUUCAUGUUAAUUUUCAUGAAAUUUUUAAAUGUAUGUUAAUGUAAAGUAUAGAUAUAUAAAAUGAACCCAGAUAAUAUUUAACACAUUUCAUACUGCAAUUCAAUCAAGGUAUAUAACUUGAUAAAAGCUCAUACUAUGUAAAAAUAGUCCUUACUUUGUUAGAUAUGCAUUUAGAAAUAUGGGGAUAAAAAACUAGAAAAUUGGUCAUUAAUUGAACAUAACAAAUUAUUACUUAAACCUCUGAUAUUUUUAUUAUUAUUAAAUUCUAAGUACAUUUUCACUAGUUCAAAUUUCUUGAAAUAUUUUGGCUCAUCUGGUGGCAUGCAGCUUUUAAGGCACAAUUUAUUGACAUUAAAGUUCUAAUGUAUAAGCUUUAUUUGUUUUGCAAAUGUACCAUAUACUUGCAUGGAUGUAAAAUCAAGUACAAAAUAAAUAUACAAAAUAUUAUAUGUUUUUGUUUUAGUAUAUUACUACAUUAGCUGAUUUUAAUGACACUGUGACAUACCUUGCCCAAAAUGUGCAUGUUUAAUAUCUUUGUGCAUUGUACAGCACUUAGUGUUACCCCAAAACAAGUUAAUUCAACUAGGCCUCAGCUUUUUAAGAGUGGAGUCAAAAGGAUAUUUGUUUAUAAAUGUAAGUACAUGAAAAUGCUGCUGUCCAAAUUUUCCAUUAUGAAUAAAACUAUAUUGAAAUAAGUAGAUCUAUGUCUAUUCCAAGAUCAAAAAAUGCAUUUAUAAACCAAGGGAAAAGUAAAGUUAAUUUUUACAGUAAAUAUUUUCUACUUAAAUAUUACUACAGGGUUAAAUUUAAAACAAAUAAUGAAUGAUAAAUGAACUUUGGCUACUCAGAGAUGCAAACUUGGUGAUAUGGUUGAUGGUCUACAGAUUACCUAUUGAUAAAACAUCCUGUAUUGAAUUUAACAUGAUACAUAAAAAUCAUAUAUGGGAUAACUGAUAUCAGUUUAUAUAACAUCUCUGGAAGUAUCAAACCAAAAUGUUGUUAGUACUAGAGUUCCAGUCUAUCUGUUUUGUUCGCAAGGACAACAUCAGAUUAUUAAACCAGGGGUUACUGGUUUGAUCCUUAGACAAUGGGUAUUUUCAAUGACAUUCAGUCUAAUAGUCGUUUUUCACCACUUAAUCGAAAAUCUUGUGAUAUUAGUGGUCAGUCAAUAACAGAGACAUUGGUAAUUACUAGUAGCAAGUUACCUGGAUCUACCACCAAGAUAAGACCAAAACUUUUUAAAAUUUGCGUUGAAACCAGUGAGAUACUACAAUCCCAUAAUAGGGAUAAAUAAUAAAUGGGCCACCACUGGCCUCAAGUCAAGAUUCAUUGAAAUUCAGAAGGCCGCUAGGCCUUGUUUAAUGCAAAGUACUGGGCUAAUUGUUUGGGGGAACUAACCUUAAAAAUUUUUUAAGGAUUAUUUGUUUCAAUUGCCAGUGGGAGAAUUGUAUUUUGGACAAUCCUCACUAAAGUGGGGGCAGGUCGUUAUGUGGCAAAUCGUCAAUUGGGCAAAUUGUCAGUGUGCGGAAUCAUUAUCAAUCCUAUAAAAUAUGUUGAUUAAUAGUAUUAUAAUAAAAUAAAACUAUAUAGUAAACUAACAAAUGCUUAGUUAAAAAAAAUGGACAAUGUUCAAUCAUUUUUUUACAGCACAGUACUAUAUUGUAUAGAAGUUCAUUCCUUUUACUGAUCUAAGAUUUAAAAUGCUUCUGGCACUCACCAAACAAUGGUUUAGGCUUACAAAUCAAUAUUUUGCUCAUCAAAUAAAUCGUGGAAAUUCCAUUAUGUUAAAAAUAGUGAAACUGUUAGUAAUGAGGUCUUAUAUGCGGUACCAAGCUUACCAAUUAUUUUAAAUGAAAGGAAGUAUUUCCUGUAUAUAAAAAUACCCAUUAUAAUUAUAAUAAUACAAUGUUAUCAUAUCUGUCCUGUUUUUCAUUUUAAUCGGUGAAGACACUGUAUCCAUUAAAGAUAAAAAAAUGUUAUUCAGGAAAUACACUAGUCCUAUUGCCUGUUACCAUUAUCCCAAUGCAUUCACAUGCAAUGAAGAGCUUGUAUGCACAACAUUUUAAAGAAAAUAAUUAAUUUGAUAUGGCAAUAUUGAUAUUAAAAAUGUUUCAUCUUAUGUGCCACUUAUCUAUACCUAGGUGGUACUACUGGAACAACCUUUUACAGGCCUCAAAUGGCAGUUUUUCUGAAUAAGUACUGAUUCUCCAAUGUUUUCAACAUUUAAUUAAAUUUUGUUUAACCCUUUACCACAUAUAUACGCGAAACAACGCACUUUCGACCCCCCCCCCUUUUUAAGGCCUCAAAUAGUGAAAAAAUGUCCUAUUUGGACCCCAAACAUAAGUUUUCGUUUGAGAAAUGUUGCUUAAAAAAUUGAGCACUUUUUCGGCGCCGCCCCCCAUCCAAAAGAUACAUCAGGGGGUUGCCAGAAGGGGGAUGUGCCC